CACAACUUUUUUUUCACAUUCUUGAUAUCGAAGGCCUAUAAAAGCUUGCAGUUUCAAUAGAUUACAGACUAUCAAGCUCACCAUGCAGAAUAAUAUACCGCCAACGCAACCACCACCUUACCAGCAGUUCCAACAUCAGUCUACAACUCAUUCGCGGCCAACACCUGGUUCACCGACAUGGCCGACAUCUCCAUCGUCACCAUUGUCUUCUCAUGUCUCACGCAGGUCAUCAACUGCUUCUUCCUCCUCCUCCUCCACUCAACUUUGCCUGCCUGACGACUACAAUCCUCUACAAUACCCUCCACCCUCGCGUGUACGAACAGGCACAGCACCCGACAUUGGUGAUAUUUCUGACUUGGAGGAAGCUCAAGAGGACAAAGUAGAAAAUAGUGCCUUACAGGAACAGCAGGACUCAUACCAGAACCAAGAGGAGGAAAACCCAAUGAUUGGCGGCUUUCGUCCAAGCACAAAGGCGCAUAAACAACACAUUCAAGGUGUCAACGCCUCGCAAACACCCGUCAAACUUGGGAACAAGAUUGGAUCAAAAUCUACUCAAAGCUACAAGCUUCGUUUACCGAUUCAACCAAAAGAGUUUAUCAGAGGUGUUCGCUUGGCCCUCCAAGGUUGUUUUAUCGCCUUAACCAACCCUGAUUUCAAGAAUGGGCGUCUCUACAAGACUCUUCUUCGAUUGCUGGUCUUUACAAUGGUGGCUCAUCUUGUGACACAAAUCUUGUUCUUCUUGCCCAUGGCCGCAAUGGGAGCACUACUGCGAGUCUUCAGCUUUGCAGCGGAUACGGAUACGACGGAAUCUCAGCGAGGAAUAGAGGUUUUUUCAAAUAAGGCACACGAGUUGAUGAGCUCAAUCCCAUUACUUGGCUUGUUAUUUUUGAGAUACCUGUAUCCACAGUAUCUUGAUGACAUCUUUGUGGAUGCAUUGAUGUAUUCGGAUCAUUUAUUGAUACAGGAACAUGAGCAUGCAAAGCAGCAACAGGCCAGGGACCCCACAGCAGUUGACCCUACCUCCCCGUCGAUUUACAUCAUGGAUCAUCGUGGACCCUUCACACCAGCUUUAUUAGCCUAUCCUUAUCGUGUACGACAUUGGCAGGAAAUGUGGCGAUAUGUCCGCCGAACCUGGAGACGUCUCAAAUGGGCAUUAUUAUUCUUGGUUCUAUCUUGGGUACCUGUCGUGGGUCGUUUUGCAUUCCCUAUUGCUUCCUUUCUGUCGACUAUCCAAUCCAUCGGUUCGAAACCUUUGGCCAUUGUCUUUGCACUCAUGUCAUUCAUGUUGCCGCGAAGCGUCUCUAUCUAUAUCUUGAAAGGUUUCUUUGCAUGCAGGGCUCUGACACGCGAGCUAUUGGAUCCUUACUUCAUUCGUGUGGGAAUGUCACAUUACCAGAAACGGAAGUGGUUCAAUUACAGAAAGAGUGUUCUCCUAGGAUUUGGUGUCGUGUUCUAUAUUGGAUGCAGUAUCCCUCUCAUUGGUGUAGCCAUCUAUGGUCUGGCUCAAGCAUCUUCUGCAUUCGUUCUCCAAUCACUCGCCGAUCCGCCACCACCACCAGUUAUCAAGCCCAAGGCCUCUUCUUCCAAGCGUAAAAAUUCACAUAGCAAACAAGAAUAGACAAAAGUGCCCAAAGUACCUGCAAU